AUGGUGUUGGAGUUGCAUGUAUGGGGUCCAGCAUUUGAUCUGCCGUCUAUUGAUGGCCAGUGUUUGGCCACAAUCUACUAUCUGCGAAAAGCCCUCGGAGUGCCUGGAAAAGAAUGGGUUCUGGUGCGGUCAGGCGAGCCUAGAGUGAGCCCUUUCAGGGAACUACCGGCUCUCAAGGACGAAGAGACAUGGGUGGCGGGUUUCGGCAACAUAGUAUCAUACCUCAGGGACGUUUCAGAUGGACAGUGGGAUCUUGACAGACGGCUGAGCGAUACUCAACGAGCAGACUGUGCAGCAUUUUCCUCGUUCGUCGAAUCCCGUGGGCAACCUCUCCUCGAUCUAAGUCUCUACGUGAGCAGCGACAAUUACUUUAGCACCACAAGACCAGCUCUUGCACAGAUACUGCCAUGGCCCAACAGCUGGGUACUGCCGCACCACCUGCGAGAACGGGCGAAGAAGCGCACCGAGCAUCUCGGGCUAAGCAGCCUUGAUUUGGACAAUGCGCAAGAAGAUCAGAAGGACGACGUAGGGCUGAGUGCACAUAUUCCCAAGUCUUUGCGGAAACCGAAACAGACAGUUACGUCGCUGCUAGGACGUAGUAUGCAAAAGAACAAGUUUCGACUCGAUGCGAUCACGGCAGAAUUUCUCGAACCCAUCGCCUCCAUGCUCGGUGGUGGAAAGUUCCUCCUCGCUUGCCAGGAGAGCAGCCUCGAUUGUCUGGUAUUGGGAUACUUGGCUUUGAUGCAACGACCUCAAAUGCCCCAUGCUUGGAUCAGAGACUCUCUACGAAGCAGAUAUGCAAGUUUGGGACGAUGGGCAGAAGACCUUACUCUUCAGGUGUUUGCAGAGUCCACCGUGAAAAUCACGUUGGUGUCACAAAGCCACACCGACAGAAGUAUCAUUCAGGUGCUGCAGUCGGCCGUCGAGGUAUGCAUUGGGUCAAUGCCGGUAAUUGGAGCUGGGUAUACGGUGUCCGAGAUCAGCCCUGGAGAUGAACAAGGCCUUGCGAGAUACAAAAGGAAGCAAGCGCGAUUGGCGAGACUUCAGCGCAGGCGAGAUCUCUAUUUACAGACCCUCGCUUCGGCCAUUGCAGCAACAGGUCUGGUGGGAUGGCUUUGGUACAAGGGUGUAAGGCUUCUUCCGAGCAGGGCUGCGAAAGGACGCACUUUUGGGCAGGCUGGGUCUUUGUUCGGAUUGAAUUGA